UUGGGAGGCUUUAAGUGCAGUGGUGGCUCUGUCACACCAAUCACAUCUUCCUUCCCUGCACCGGCCCCACCACCCCAAAGGGCUGUUUGAACCCAGAGCGAUUUGGGGAAGUCACAUCAGAUGCUGAUGCUGUGAGGUAGAAGGUGCAAGACACAGCGUGGGGGAUCUCCGGUGGGAACAACACCGUACAGCCCUUUCAGCCUCACUUCUCCAUUGUCCAGCCCAAGAGCAGCUCCUGAUCCCCCCCCAGUCCCUUGCGUGGCCACACAGCCAGCACUGAGCAGGACGUCUUGGCCAGCAUCUCCAGCAAAGGCAGCAAGCCCCUCUCCCUGCCUUUUCCCACACUGCCUGCAGCAUGAAACCCCGACACUGAGCUCUGCUUCUCCCCGGGGGCCCCUUGUCCUGUGCCUCACACCCAUGAAGGUAGAAUAGUAGUUAUGGGUUAAAACCCCGCUGUGGUUCACAGGGAGGGUUUGCAAAUCACCAGCAUUUCAACAAGGGCUCUGUCUUGCACUGUGGAACAAACCUUCCCUGCAACUUGGCGCAGAAGCUGGGUCCAAGCUGUCCGUCUGAAUUUAAGUUACAUGCCUGGGGCAGUCUGAUCCAGGUAAUGGAUCAGGGAAACGCUUCCUUCCAGCCCCCCAAUAUCAAUCUCCUCACAGCAGAUCUCCAAGCUCCCUCACCCACUCAACUGCAGCAGCAGGAAACAAAAGGGAUUUGGUUAUUUUAAGACAGUUUGAAAUAAGUAAAGCUGCUGAAACGCACCGAGCAAAUAAACCCGUUGUCUGGGUUGGUGCUGGGGAAGUGCAUGACAGCACAGCCAGCCUGUCGCCAGCCUCCGCCCGGAGCUGGAGGCCCCUCUGCAGCAAAGCUUCACCAAAUUCAGUUAAUUGUUGCACUUCUUGCAAGUGUCAAAACAAAAGCCUCUUGGGGACAGCCAGCAUCCCACAAAAGGUGUUAAAAAUGGGCCGGUUCUGCUCCUCUCCAACUGGCGAGGCCGAGGUCUCCGGCGGGAGGGCCGGGGGCUGCGCGGGGAAGGAUCCCUGGAUGGCGGCAAGGGCUGGGUGGAAUUCAGAGUAUCAGCAAGGCAAAAUGAGCGAGGCGGUAGCGCCUGGGUGAGGGAAAGCAUUGCCCAAAAACAGAGACAGGAGCAGCAGGUGAGGAAAUGGGGAGCUGCUGUAGGGCGUGCGAUGCCUCCAGGCCACAGACCGCAGCUACGACCUGAGGCGAAGGGCAUGCGGGGAGGGGGUGGCUGGGGAAAGGAAGCAUGGCGGCAUGCCACGCUCUUGGCUCAGCACCGGGAAAGCUUGGCAGCGCUCUGGAGCGACCAGAGGUGGGAAAAAAAACGCCAUUUUGAGGGCAGAGAACAGGCAGGGAGCGGUUCGGCCGGGCCGGUGGCUGCGCAGGACGGAGCAAGCCGGCAAGCCCGGGCCUCCCUCGCUCCUCGGGGGACAAACAGAGCGGGUUUCUCCCGGUUUGUGUCCCCCCCCUCCUAAGGCGGGUUCAGGGAGCAGGGUCACCCCAUGUCACCCACGGGGAGCCCGCCGAGGGGCCGGGCAGCGCCGCGCCGAGGCCCGGUGGCACCGGGAGCGCAGCAGGGAACGCCGGCGGAUGCCGUCGGGGCUCUCGCAGGGUCCGACCCUCAGCCGAGGAGCCCCUGGCGCCUUCCCGCCAUAACCAGGCUGCCCACAGCGCCCCCGGGGGGGUGUGGCAAACGGGCGCGGAGCGGUGCAUGCUGGGAUGUGUAGUCCUCGGGCUCCACGUGACCAGGGCCGAGGCCCUGCGUCGCCGCGGCAACCGCCUGUAAACAAGAUGGCGGUGGGGCCGCGGAGCGUGGGAAGAUGACAGACUGUCUCCUAGGACAAAGAAUCCAGUGCAAGGCAGUCUCCACUCCUGCUCAAGGGGAACAACACUGAGAAAGAAUAUGCAGGGUGCAGCUCCCACUGACAUGGAACUCAUGUCCUCCAUGAUGCAAAAAAUCACUCUGUUGGAACAAAAAAUAGAGAAACAAGCACAAGAAAUCCAACUGAAGGACCGGAGGAUUGCUGAACUUGAAGAGAAGAUGAAGACCCUUCAGGAAGGAGAAGAUGCUCCUGACUCAUCCAGAGCAGAGGAACUGGAAAUUAGGUGCCUUCAGCUGCAGACACAGGUCUGGGAGAUGGAGCGGUUUCUAAAUGACUAUGGUCUGAUUUGGGUUGGAGAGAGCCAUGAACAGCCGGAAGAUUUAGAAUGGCUUGAGGAUGAAGAGGAGCUACCAGCAGGGAGCUUCUGGAAACCAGGUGAGGCGGUGGUUUCCAAACACCAGAUUGAUUUUGAUUUAAUCUUGGAAAAGGUGAAGGAAUUGAAUGUGCUGGCUGGAGAAGGCAUUUCUCAAAUCGAGCACGUGCCUGGGGGUGCUCGGCUGAGACAGCCAGAACCCCUCCCUCUUACGCUGUAUCAAAAUGGGAUUGUCAUGUUCAACGGACCCUUUCGGCCCUACGAGGACCCAUCCACACAGCAAUGCCUGCAGGAUAUUAUGGAUGGUUAUUUCCCUUCAGAGCUGCAGAUACGCUACCCAGAUGGCAUCCCUUUGCAGGUCACCGACAGGAGGGAUGUGGUAUUUCGGGAGAAAGACCUUCCAGAGAGGUUUCCUGGCCACGGCCAAGUGGUUGGCCAUUCGAAAUCAAGUGAGGUGCAGGAAGCCACCGAGAUCCCAGGUCCCAAACUCUCCUUGGAGCAGUUCCUCAACAAGCUUUCCAAGCCAUUGAAACAGAGAGGAGUGCUCGGUGUCCGAGGCUCAGCCAGAGCAGCGCAGCAGGGCGCUGACCAGGUGCGGAACAGCAAAGAGAUCCUGGUGGAGACACCUGGGCUGUCUGCCCUGGAGAGGGUGAAGACAGCUGAAGAGGCUGAACCCUCUGGCCCUGCAGUCUGCACCCUCCGCAUCAGAUCCGAGAGCGGGGAGCAGACGUAUGUCGUAAAGAUGCUGUUCACAGAGUCCAUAGGGGACCUGCGCCAGCACCUCGCCCACGCCAGGGGUGGAGACUCUGACUCGUAUGAGAUCAUCAGCACCUUUCCCCAGAGGGUGUACGCGGACAACUCCAGGAGCCUGCAGGAAUGCGGCCUGAUCCCCAAUGCCUCCCUGCUGCUGCGGAGAAGAGACCUCCCCAAGAGGGGACAGGGGCUGCAAACAGCUUAACAGCUCCUAGCCAGAGCUGCUCGCCCCAAGCUCCACAAGAGGAAGGAGCUGCCUUGCAGUUAUCUGCGCUAUAACCUCCCCUGGCUGGGAAGAGAGGAGAGGGCUGUCUUGCCAGAUUUAGUUUCAUUGUGCUGUUACCUGGGAUGGAGAGAAGAGCUCGGAGGCAGUGGUUUGGCCUCUUGCUUUGGUCGUGAGUGCUGGCCCAGGGCUGCUGCCUCCUGGGUGGGUGCUUUUCCCCCAAGACAGGUGGGCUCCUAACACAGGGGCAUUUAUGUCAGUUCAAAGCCAAGGGCUGGUCUCUCAUCUCUGCUGGAAGUUACACAGGCUGAUCCCUGCCCAGGGAAGGCUGCCAGCUUUACACUGGUACCGGGCAGUUGCUUAGCUGGGCUGAGAGAUUCUCUACAGCAGCAGGACAGACAAACAGCCAAGGUUAAUUUGCUUUCCACACCCAGCUGCUCCCCAGAGAUUUCAACUACGCUUACACCACGAGAAACAGGCUCGGUUAUAUGGUCCCUGAUGAAGCUAAACCAAAAGGCCUUGAGCCAUUGCAACGCUGGGACUGAGCCAGACCCAUCUCAGCCAGAUCCUGCUACUGGGUUUCCUGUACGUGAACAACUCCUUCCCUUGGACAGCCCCCAGCUCCAGCGGGGCCCUGGCUCGCAGCCGCCCCGAGCUGCCUCCCUCCCUCCCUCCCUCCUCCCUCGGCAGCCUGCUGCAGCCAGGAGCUGGAUGCUGCAACAGGACACCGUGUCAUUGGAGAAGAGCAUAAUCCCUUCGCCGCUUCUCUGCUGAAUCCUGAGUAAAGCAUCUUCCUCCCUCUGGCGUGGGCUGGGGCUGUGCUCUGCAGGUCCCUUUCCCCAGCACAUUCUUCCCCUUUCAGCUGUGACAAGCUCCCACUUGACUCCCAGCUGACAACACUCCCACUGGUGUGAGGCAGCGCCUUCUGGCAGGUUUCCUUUCAGCGGAGGCCCUGCACACGCUGCCACCCAGCCCUUGUUAAAGGCUCCCAGUAAAACCAUUUAAGUUGCAGUUUCAGCUUCCACUAAGAUUUCGAAGGCACAGUCGUUGCGGAAGGCACCAGGACACCCAGAGCUCUUCCCGGACCCCUCCGACCAGCGCUGGACCCUGCACAACUCAAAUAGAGGAAGCAACACUCCUGCAAACCAGCCACUUCCACGGGUUCCCCGUCACCAGUAACGCAAUCCCCACAGCUCUGAGUUCCUCUUUUUUUUCCAGAUAUAGCAGCUAUAGGAUUGUACAGGGGACCCUUUUCCCCUACCCCUCCAUAUCCUGGUCUGUAACCAGCCACGUAAUCUCUGUGCCAGGGGUUUGUUUCUCCCUCACGUCUGGCUGAAGCUGUCCCUUACCCGAGCUGCCGUUCUUACCACGCAGAGAGGAAUGCUGGAGAGAGGUACCCAUCACUACUGCGCUGUAGGAUAUUCAGACAAGUCCUGCAAGCCUUUGAUUAGCAGCAGCAAUCUAAGGUGUUAAGAUCUUUGUGUCAGGCUGCAGCAGCAAGUACAACUGACUCAGCUCCUCUGAGUUGGAAAUGACUCAGAAUAUCUUUACAGAGGGUGAUGUUUAACCUGUAGUCAAAAUAAAACCAAAUUUAAAGGAAACCCACGAGUACUGAUGUGAAAGGUACAGUAACAUUUAAUAGCAUCUCGGAAGACAACACUGGUUAUAAACUUGCUUUUUGGCAGGAAAACAAAAUGCACUUGGUCCAGGUUGCAAAAAAGCCAACUCAAAGAGGAAAGAUAAGACAGCUGGAGCAUCAGCUGUACUGGAGCAGCCCUGAGCCAUUAACGCUCACGAGGGAGCCCUGGCACCGCAUCGCGGCCGAGGGCAGCUGGAGCAGCCCAGGUCCCACUUCUAGGCCCAUCCAUCCCCCCAGGCAGCCCGCCGAGUGACACCAGCCUUCGCCCCAGCCUCCUCCUGCAGUGGGUGGUCAGACCCCAGCUCUGUGCAGUAUUUUUGCAUUAAAUUAAAACAAACAAACAAACAAAUUGACUUAGUUUCCAUAAUCUCUGGGGUUGAGAUGAAAAAAAAAAGAAAAAAAAAAAAAAAGAGAAAAAGCAAGUGAGGCAGCAGGAUUUACAAUUUUAAGAGCAACUGGGAGAAGUGGGAAG